AUGGGUCUUCUUGUCGAUGGUAAACCGCUCAGCUGGGAAGCUACCGAGCUUCUCGCAGAGCACAUUCGGAACCACGGAAUCACGCAGUUCCUCAACAUCUGGGACAAAACUAGAGGCAGAGUCUGCCACGAGUUCCUCUGGGGUGAUGAGAUUGAGUACAUGGUAGCAGCACUGGAUCAUAAGCACAAGACCGCCAAAUUGAGCUUGCGCCAAAGCUCUGCGACUCUAGACAAACUACAGCAAAAAGAUUGUCUCGACCCGGACUUGAUCAAGGAUAAGCCCGCAGGAAGCGCGAAGCUUCCUACUUUUCAUCACGAGUACGGACGCUACAUGAUCGAGUCCACCCCAGGCGCUCCCUUCUCCGACACUCUAUCUUCUCUCCUCGCCGUAGAAGCCGAUAUGCGCUUCCGACGCCAGAUCAUCUACAGCAAACUCGAGCCGUUUGAAAGUCUAUUGACCAUCACCUCUUGGCCAAGGAUGGGAGUGAAAGAUGCUGCGUUUGCUGAGGCGCCUGUUGAUAUGGGUCUUGUUGAGUGCUCGGGGCAAUGUGGAGAUGUCGACAAGCUUCUUCAGAAUAGCGACCAUCCCAGGUUUGGCGCACUCAAUGGAAACAUCGUCCAGAGACGAGGAGGCAAGACCGAUAUCCACAUCCCGCUGUUCAUCGACAAGGAGACCCUCAAGCAACAGGGGCGCGAGGCUCCACUCUAUCCUUUCAGCUCAUCAUACUUUUUUGAAUCCGCGCCAGCCUCCGACGUUCCUUCUAUUGUCAUGGAUGCCAUGUCGUACGGUAUUGGAUGCUGCUGUCUACAAGUCACUUGUCAAGCUUCUAGUGUCGUUGAAGCUAGGCGUGUUUAUGAUGCGCUGGUCCCUGUCGCUCCAAUCAUGCUUGCAUUGACAGCAGCAAGUCCAGUGUUCCAAGGCCAGCUAGCCGACCAUGACACUCGAUGGAAUGUGGUAGCAACAAGUGUCGACGAUCGUACAGAAGCGGAGAAGAGUGUCAAAUGCUCUGAUGCACUGAUCCGACCACGCUGGCAUUCAGUCAACCUCUACAUCGCUGAAGAUGAGAGGAACAAGGCAGAGUAUAACGAUGUUGAAGUACCCAUCAAUGUCCUUGCAAAGAAGAGAUUGGCAGUAUCAGGCGUCGACAACAAAAUGGCCGACCACAUCGCCCACAUAUUCAUCCGCGACCCCCUCAUCCAAAUGUCCGACGCCAUCGACCAAGACGACGAAACGUCCACCAUCCACUUUGACGGUAUCAACACUGCCAGCUGGCCUAGUGUCAGGUUCAAGCCGCCUCCCCUCGAUUCUGCUAUGGGCUGGAGGGUGGAGCUGCGGACGAUGGAGGUUCAAAUGACGGAUUUUGAGAAUGCGGCUUUUGCGGUGUUUGUUGUGCUGCUGAAUCGGGCUAUUGUCUGGUUUGAUUUGGACUUUUACGUGCCGAUCUCGAAGGUGGACGAGAAUAUGGAACGGGCUCAUCAGCGCAAUGCCGCCGCUGUCAACAAGUUUGCUUUCCGAAUGCAUAUUUUCCCUCCCGAAGGUUCUCUUGACUCUGAGAGCACAGUCGAUAUACAAGAGAUGAGCUUGGACCAAAUAAUCAAUGGCGAUGGAGGCGGUUUCCCUGGACUGAUGGGUGUUGUUGAAGGAUACCUCAAAAUUGUUGGUGCAGACGAGGAUGCGAUGGAUGGGAUCAGUAAAUACCUCGAGCUCAUCAAGCUUCGGGCCAAGGGCGAUUUGCCCACUCCGGCCACUUGGAUCCGGGACUUCAUCACCUAUCACCCGGCUUACAAGCAAGACUCUCUUGUCAGCGACGAAAUAAACUACGACCUCAUCAAGACCAUCCAUGAGAUGUGA